AUGGAAUCAUCAUCAUCUAUGACAACAGCAUCAGAAAUUGUUGAAAUAUCGGAAUCAUCUUUAAUUUAUAAUCAUGAUAAUAAUCAGGCCACAGAACCACAAUGGCGUUAUUCAUUGAUUUGGACCAUUGUACUUUGUAUUGCCUAUUCAAUUGUAUUUAUAAUGGGAUUAAUUGGCAAUAGUGCUGUACUAUGGGUAAUCAAUAUGAUGCGUCAUAAUACACCGAAUUCAAAUCAAAUGAUGGCCAACAAUAAUAAUAAUGUAUUCAAUUAUUUCAUCUGUAAUUUGGCAUUGGCCGAUUUGUUGGUCAUUUUAUUUUGUUUAAUACCAAAUCUGCUUGGCAAUAUAUUGACAACCUGGAUUCUAGGACGUCUUGUAUGUAAAGCCGUUCCAUUUCUUCAAGGUGUUGCCGUCACUGCAUCCAUAUAUACUUUGGUUGCCAUUUCGAUCGAUCGUUUCUAUGGAAUUUAUUAUCCAUUUAAUAAUGGAUUCAGCCCAUUAGUUCGCCGAUAUGUUAUCGUAUUCAUAUGGCUAUUCAGCUUUUCAUUGUCAAGUCCGUGGUUAAUAUUUUUCGAUGUUUAUACCGUCGAUAAUCAAGUGAUGUGUCAUGAAAAUUGGCCUGAAGAAUGGAUUUCAAAUUUUUAUUUUAUAUUCAUUAAUUUUGGUCUGCAAUAUUUAUUACCUGUAUCCGUUACAAUCUUUUUCUAUUUAUUAUUAUAUGUAAAAAUUUCUCGACGUCAAUUACCAUUGAUCAUUAGUAAUGGUGAUGGCCAAACAAAUGCUAUAAUGAAUGGUGAACAUUCAAGUAUCAAUAAAAUGAAUAGUCGUAUUGUGGAAAAAUCCAGGCUUAAAGUGCUUAAAAUGUUGAUCACAAUUGUAUCCGUAUUUGUACUCAGUUGGCUACCAUUAUAUGUUAUUUUUUGUUUUAUUAAAUUCACACAAAUUGAUGAAAAUUCAUUCAAAGGACUUAUUAUAAUUGGCUUAACACCAUUGGCACAAUGGCUAGGAGCAACAAAUUCCUGUAUAAAUCCAAUACUUUAUUUUUUCUUCAAUCCAAAAUUUCGUACCUAUCUACGGAAAACUAUAACGAAAAAUUGUUCAAGAAAUGAAAAUCUAAAUCAAUUCAAUAUGAAUUAUCAACAUAAAAAUGGUACAAAAUUUGCGAUCAAUUGUAAUGGAAAAAAUUCAUAUCAUUCACGUUUAGCUACAGCUAGCAAUACAUUGAAUCAACCACCGACGCCAACAACAUUUGAAUUGAAUAAUUCAUCAUAUAAACUGCAAACAUCACCGAAUAUUUCUAAUCUUUUGAAAUUAUCACCAACAUUGGGAAUUACGAAAAAGAAUAAUGAUGAUAAUAAGAAUAAUCAGAAUCAAAAUAGCAAAAAACUUAUGAAAAUACAAUGUUGCUAUCACCAAAAAAGAUGGCCCUUUCAAACAAGACUAAUGAUAGUCAACCGGUAUCGAAUAGUGUCUGAAUCAAUUCAUAAUUUUGAUCAUCAGAUGAUUAAUUUGGAUUGUGGCACCGUUUUAACAUCGCCAACAGCAAUGAAUGAAACAACAACAUAUCCAACACUGAGAAUGACCAAUUCAUUACCAUUGACAAUCAGUAAUGUUGGUGAUGGUCUUUCAUCAUCAUCUUCUUCAUCAGCAACAUCAUCAUCAUCAUCAUCAGCAUUGUUCAAUCAUUCAUCAUCAUCAUCAUCAUCAAAACCAUUAUCAUCAGCAAUAACGACAAUCACCAAAAAUGUAUGUACACAACAACAAUCAAAUAACUAUGGGAACAUUCAUAAAAAGUUCAACAUUAUUAAUAAAAAUGAUGUAAAUUGUAAUCAGAAAACAAAAACUUUUGUAACAGAAAAUGUUCAAACAAAUAACAAUAUCCUCAAUAAUCAUAAUGAUGAUAAUGGAAAAAAAUUGACAACUGUUGUUGGAUGUAAUGAAUUUCCCUUGAAUCAUUUAAAAAAAUUUCAUUGUUAUCAUAAUAAUGAUAAUGAUAAUGAUGAUGAUGAUGAUGAUGAUCAUUUUCAACAGAAUAAUUAUCAUAAUAGGAUUAUAACAUUGAAUAAUAAUUGUUAUCAUCGUCCAAAUAAUGGUAAACAAGCAACAAAUAGUAGUAUUAAUAAUAACGAUGAUGAUGAUGAUGAUAAUUCCUUAUUAUUUCAUCGAUAUGAUCAAGGCUAUUCGAAGAUAAUUUCCAAUUGUUUUAUCAAAAUAUCGACAACAUCAUUGAAUCUUGAAACAUCUGUUUAACGAAUGAACAGAAUCCUCCCCCAAAAAAAAAAAAAAAUCAUCCACAAUUUUUCAUUGAAUUUCCAAUCGUUUUUUUCUAUUGUUUUUUCAUCAUCAUCUUCAUUUAUAAAUCAACGGGUUUCACAAUCGAUUGUAAAUCUUGUCAUCCUGUUGUUGUUGUAUGCAUGAAUCAUAUGACAUUUAAUAUAAACUAAGAAACUUAUAUAUUCACAUCACCUUUUUUUCACACUGUCAUUUUUUUUUUGUUUUACUCAAAAAUUGAUCUCUAAACAACAUAUAAAAUUUCCUGAUCACCUAAACAAUCAUACAAUGUCAGUGAUUGUUUUUUUUUCUAUAUAAUAUUCACACAUACACAUAAACAUAUACAAACAUACAUAAUAUAUAUAUGAAUAAGAAAGGCCAGAUCAACAAUUGAAAAAUCCAUACAUCUGUCUGAUGCCAAUCAAUGUCUUAUUCACUAUAGUCAUAAAAUGUUCAUGAUGUGCCAUAUGAUGCAUCCUACAACAAUUGUGGAAUCGACAUAUUGUAUAUUAUAUGUCUACACUGUUUGUGUUUGUGUUGGUGGUAGUUGAUUCCUCUUCGGGACAAAUCGUGGGUCAAGUUUCAAAAUGGAAAAUGAACACAUCCACAUCCACACACACACAUAUUAGCAGCAGCAGCAUCCAAAAUUUUUAUAAUUUUCAAACAACAAAAUUUGAUUCAGAAUUUCAAACAAGAUGAUCACAUUGGAUAAAUUAUUUUUUCUACUAUUAUUAUGUUUCACAUUUC